CUUGCGUAGCGCAUCUGUAUCGGCAAAAAACACAACGCUGUGAUGUGCGGGCCCAGCCAAAUUCAGUGAUUUAUCCUCACAAGGUACAAUUUAUCUACCUGGUGCUCGUGCAGCCUCUUCAAGAUUUAAAACACUAAACACAGUGGGUGGACAUGGUUCGUGCUGCUCAGGACUUCACUAUUAGUCUCCAUUUAUAACCCAUCAAAACAUCAAAGAGUUCUGUGGAUCAGCUGAGAGCAUGGCACAGGUUGAGGAGCAACAAACUGAAGGAGAGGGCAGUCCCCAGAUGAUCUCCUUAAGAUCAGACAUAUCAGGGAACCAUGUGGACGAUGGAGAAGUGGGGCCCUCCAUACGGAGGAAGAGGAGGAAGAAGAAAGACCCACGUCCAGAGUCCAUUAUUGUCUACCGAUCUGAAAUGGACAGGGUUCCUGGAGAGGACCAAGGCGGUGAGGAGGGAGCAGAGAGGAGCACAGAGGAGGGAGCCAAAUUCCUCUGCACACCUACAGGCGAAGGAGGAGGUUGGAGCCUUCCUCCAGACAGCCGCUACGUGACCCUGACUGGCACCAUCACCCGAGGAAAAAAGAAGGGUCAGGUGGUGGACAUUCAUCUCACUUUGACAGAGAAGGAACUCAGGGAUCUGGCCAAGUCAAGGGAACGUCUUGACGCAGAGUGCGAGGCAAGGGAAGGCUCUAAACGCACCUGCAGCUUAGGUGUGUGCCAGGGGCCACAUGUCGUCCUGUGGAGCGUCUCCUGUGCCCCUGUGGUUUUCCUGCUCUCCUUCAUCACCUCCUUCUACUAUGGCACUCUCACCUGGUACAACGUCUUCCUGGUGUACAAUGAGGAGCGGACGUUUUGGCACAAGAUUACAAUAUGCCCCUUCCUUAUCAUCUUCUACCCCAUGCUCAUCAUGCCCAUGGCACUGUCUCUGGCUCUGUACUCGGCUGUGGUGCAGGUGUCCUGGGCCUUCAGCGAGUGGUGGCAGGUUGUGAGAGACCUGGAGAAAGGCUUCUGUGGCUGGGCCUGUGGGAAGCUGGGGCUGGAGGACUGCUCACCCUAUAGCAUCGUAGAGCUGCUUGACUCUGAUACUGUUUCUGGCACUCUGCAGAGCAAGGCCCCCAGUGAACUCGCCCAGACAUCAUCAGUGUGAAGUGGGGUGUGCCAGAGAGUGCAAGUCAGUCACAAGAAAGUAUAUGAAAGCUAGUUCACAAUUCUUUUCUGUUCAUGACAAUUUAUUAAACACUGCCCGGAUUGUGCUGAAAUGCUCAACUACUGUUUCAAAUUUUGUAAAGCAUUAUUGGAUCUCUAUGAAUGAUUUCCCUGAGCAUGUUAGUCAUUUUUUACUUUUAGGUUCUAAGAGAUAUUCUCAAAUCACUGAAUCCUACUCAAAGACCUUUUGAUACAUGUAGGUCUCUGUGCCUCCUGUAGUAAAGUUUAGAUAAACUGGUUGUGGACACUGUCUCACUUCAACUGUAAAUAUCUGUAAUUAAAAUGUAUGUGAUCACUGUGCUGUGCACUGACAUCAGAAACAGUGUUCAUUUCAAAGGCAAUGCUGUCCUGUCUGUGGCAAGACAUGUGACGCUAUAUUUGAAGUAAGACUGGAUAGUGGAUACAGAGUGUAACAUAGAUUUUAUAUUGUGUAACGGUGUCAAGUGUUCACAUUUGUGUCAAGAGUUGCAUUACUGAGAGGAGGUCUUACAUUGAAACAAUCCACAGGAUAUGAGCACAGUACUGACAAAUAUGUAUCACCUUAAGAAUGGCAAUGUCUGGUGAAGGAGUUCUGAGGGCUAAUGAGGGAACAUGUCUCCAGUGCAGCAGUGCGGCUCAUUGAUGUUAAAAGUUUGUGCUAAUUUUUGCCCCAGGGCCCCUACGCAGGUUAAACCAGCCAUGAUUUACAGCCAUAAUCAGCACAAGCUGACAGAUCAGACAUGCCUUUGGUGAAUUUGUUUUUUCCAGUCAUUUUUUUAUAUGAUUAAGGCACCACCAACACAGAUGUUUGUGACCUUAAACUGCUUGUGUUGUCUUCACAGUUGUGGUCCAUACAAGAGUAAAAUGAAGUCUUCUGUAAUUCUUCACCUAAGAAUACCUGCUAAAUGUCCAUACAGUCAUUUUUUUUUUGUUGUUGAAUUAAUUUAUUUUGAAUAUUUAAGUCUAGUACACUUCCUGAAAAUGUAGUUGCUAGGUGUUUUAUACUCUGGCACUUUGAGGUAAACGUGUUGCAAACAGACUGACUGAAAAGAAGAGUGGAUGGGGUUUAAGUGAUCAUAUGGUUUACAUAUGUGGUGAUUGAGGUGUUUAUGAAUAGACCUGGCUGGGUGAAGUAAUUCAAUUUUCAUUUCAUACAGGUAAGGUGCAGCAUUAAUGAACUGGGACU